GCUGCUUUGUGAGGGGCCCCCUUCCUCUCGAAAUUUCAGCACAUCAAGAAAGCCCUUACCCAUGCAGGCCUUGAGCAUGGGCUCUGAUGUUAGCCCCUGUAUCCUCCACCCCCGCUCCCUGUUUCCCAGGGUGGCAGACUCACCAAGGCCAGGGCUGCCUACCCAUACCUACAGGGCUAAGUACAGCCCAGCCAGGUGCCUGCUGCUGGCCUGGAGCAUUCCAACCUGGACAGGCCACCAUGGUGGGCACUAAACUCCUGCUCCUGGCCCUCCUCCCUGGGACUGCCACUGUGCUCAAUGAACCACUUGCACCCCCAUUCCCUGGGGCGCCUGGCCCCUGGCUGCGCAGACCCCUUUUCAGUCUGGAUUUUUCAGACACAGAAGAUUCAUUCCCUUACCGCACUGGGCCACUGGAGGUUCCGGCCGACAGCCAUGUGUUUGUGCAGGUGCGGGCGCCUGAAACACCAAGGGUGGGUGGGAAUAAAUGGGGACCGGUCGACCUUGAUGGCGCCUUGGUUCCUCAGGCAGCCUUGGCCUGUCCUUCACCGAGAUGGGACCUGGCCCUGCAUCGCUGCUCAGUAACACCUUCCUCACGCCCGGCCCUGGGGCCUGCUCUGGUGCUUCUACGUGGGGGCUGCCCUGCUGACGCCUCUGCCAACUUCUCACCACCUCCACAUCCGGAUGCUGCUCGCCCCACACGCUUCAGCCCCUUCCGCUUGCGCCCGGUAUUCAACGCCUCAGUGCAGUUCCUGCACUGCCAGAUAAGCCGCUGCCGUCGCAGCCACCGCCACUGAGCUCUCCACCAGACACCGACGCCUCUUACCCCACCAUCGCUGUCGCAGCGUCUGCCUCAAGAUGAGGCAUGCGCGGGCAGAGGUGAGAGCCUUGGUACCGACAGCCCCCACCUGCACACUCUGACGCAGCCCAUCGUGGUCACAGUACCUCGUCCACCCCCUAGGCCGUCUAAGAGCCUUUCCGGCAGGGCCGUGCGUCCAGAGCCGCCCGCUCCAGCCGCUGCAGCCCUGGAGCCCGCACCAGUGGUGGCCUUGGUGUUGGCCGCAUUCGUGCUGGGUGCUGCGCUGGCCGCUGGGCUCGGUCUCGUCUGCGCACACUCAGGUACCGACUUCUGUCCCGCCAGAACUCAAUACCUAUUUCCACAGGUCCAGAAAGCCUAUCCUCCAUACCUCCCCCACGUCAGCCCCCCUCCCUCUAUGUGCCCCAUCAUGCUGAACUUUCUUGGAUCUGGCCCUCUGCAGCAGCUCCCACCAGAGGUCGCGCUUACCCUGGCGCAGUGCACAGGCAACCCUUAUUCUAGGCAGCUGCUUCUUUCAGCACCUCCAGCCCCCGGCCAGCCUCCUAGAGCUUCACCCGGCGGCCCCCAGAUCCAGAGGCCCUAGUAGGCAGGUAAGUACAAGGUGCGAAGGAGGUGGUGGUAAGGAUCCUUCAUAGAGUUUACCCAUUGGGCUCCAAGUAGCUUGUAUGUUUAUUAAUUUUUUGAACAACCUUCAGGCGGCUACUUUUAUAAUGUCCAUUAGAGAUUUAAAAAAAUGAGGCACUUUUAUGAGGUUAAGUGACUUGUCAAAGGUAAAGCUGGAAAUGGAAUUUGGGGGAUGGGGUCACCAGCAGUGAAGAAAUGGGGUUCUUAAGAUUUGAACAGGCACCAGGUAAAUGUUAGGGAUUUAGACAUAGUUCCUAGUCUCACACAGGUGCAUAGAUUGAUGGAGGAAGCCAAUGCCUGCUGGGAAAAUGUGACCUGGUGAGUCUCUGCCACAUCCUCUCUAGAGAUGGCACAAUUCAGUGAGGUCCUGUGAUGCAUCCAGCCAUGGAUUCAGAACCCUCUGGAAGGACUCAUGCACAUCUCUCCUCCCUCUCACCUUAUCCGUACUCACCUGGUUCAAAAUAAAUUUCUUACCUGCCUGCUA